AUCAUUUACAAUACACAUACACACCAAAUACAAGUCGAGUCCAGUGAGCACAUACCAAAUGGAGGAUUCGGGCAUGAGCAAGACAAUGGGGGGUAAUGCAAGAGGCUCACUUACGCAUGCCCAAGCCCACAUAUGGAAUCACAUAUUCAGUUUCAUCAACUCCAUGUCCUUGAAAUGUGCCCUCCAAUUGGGCAUACCCGACAUCAUCCAUAACCACGGUGGCCCCAUGACCAUCGGCGAGCUUGUCUCGGCACUUUCGGUCCACUCUGGCAAGGCUCAUUGCAUCUUCCACCUCAUGCGCAUCCUUGUCCACUCGGGCUUCUUCGAACAGACAAGCCUCCGAGUAGUUGCCGAGGAUGACCGAGAAGAGGUAGGGUAUGCCCUAAACAAUGUCUCCUCCCUCCUCCUCAAGGACAACCCUUUGAGCACAAGGCCCUUCGCACUCGCGAUGCUGGACCCCACACUGACGGACCCAUGGCACUGCCUGGGCGCCUGGUUUCUGAACGAUGACCCUACUCCAUUCAGCACGGAGCAUGGAUCGCUCAUAUGGGAGCACAUGGGCAAUGAGCCAGAGCAGAACUUGCGCUUCAACAAUGCAAUGGCAAGCGAUGCCAGGUUGGUAGCGACCGAGGUGUUAGGAUCGGAUUGCAAGAGGGCGUUCGAGGGGCUGAGGUCACUGGUGGACGUUGGGGGUGGAACUGGGACGAUGGCUAAAGCGAUCGCGGCGGAGUUCCCGGAUUUAGAGUGCACGGUGUUUGAUCUCCCGCACGUGGUGGCAGGCUUGAAAGGGACCAAGAACGUGAAGUACGUUGCAGGGAACAUGUUCAAGGAAAUUCCACCAGCAGACGCGUAUCUUCUGAAGUGGAUAAUCCAUGACUGGAGCGACGAGGAAAGCUUGAAGAUACUGAAACGGUGCAAAGACGGACUAAGGGAAGGCAAGGGACGCAAGUUGAUUAUUGUCGAUAUCGUGUUGGGAUACUGUAAAGAAGAUGCAGAGUCGGUUGAGACACAGCUCUUCCUCGACAUGCUGAUGAUUGUUUUGUAUAAUGCAAAAGAGCGGACCGAAAGAGAAUGGGCUAAACUUUUUGUCGAAGCAGGUUUUCGUGACUAUAAGAUAACUCCUAUGUUAGGUCUACGGUCUUUGAUCGAAGUAUACCCUUGAAUAUGAUUAAUAUGCCAAUAUUUAUCAUUUUCAGUUUAUGUACUACUGCCUCAAAAUAAUGAUCCGAUGUUCCUCUUAAUUAUUAACGCGGACAAGUGUCCCGUAAUGUGGAAGUCUCAUCUUUUUCGUGGUAA